AUGAUCAAGUCCUUGGUUACUUACGGAUUCUUCGCCGCAUUGGCUUUCCUCGUUGGUCCCACCAUCGCACAGUCUUCCACUUCUUCUGCAGCGGCUUCAGCACAAACCAUUAUCGUUACCGUUUCUAAUGCUUCCUCCGCAACAAAUGCCUCUUCUGUCUUCAGCCCAGAUCAAAUUACUGCUGGCGUUGGCGAUCUGGUCUUGUUCAACUUUACAGAGGGGAAUCAUACCGCAACCCAGUCGGCUUUUUUCGCGCCAUGCGAAUCAGUAAACUAUACUAACGGCACCAACGGGUUUGACUCAAAUUUCGUGGUGGUCCCGACGAAUUUCAGUUUGGAACUCGAUGGCGCGUUUCCCAUUCUAGCUGUCCCAAUCCUAGAAUCAAACGUCAAUAUUACAAUGUGGUUCUACGACGUGAAUACUUGUGCAGAGGGAGGUGUUGGUGUUAUCAAUUUGGUGGCUGGAGACCCAGCAACAAGCGGGGAUACAUUGGAUGGGUUUAGGCGCAACGCGAUUCGUCUCAACGGUACCUCCACUUCAUCUUCAUCCAGUCACUCGUCCACGAGCACAAGCAGCUCUUCCUCCUCUACAACUAGUGCUAGUCAAGGAAAUGGCGCCAUGAAACGCUUUGGACUCAAUGCAGGCGCAGGGAUCACUAUCGGCCUGGUCUUAAUGACUGUGAUGCCGCUGUCUGCGCUCUAG